AUGAGGGCCGUUGGGACGCCAUUGCUUGCGCUAUGGGACCGGAAGCACCGAUCAAGCAACGGACUCGAGACAUGCGAUGUAUCUGAGACUUGCUGGCAAGCUCGCCUCACCCGGUCUGACAGAGUAGCGGGUUUCAAGGAUUACACGGAGGCGCUUGCCUUGUUGCUGUUAUGCAACCCGACCUUUCAGCAACAGACCAAGCCACACGAGCCUCCGGGCGGUUUAUCUAUCGGAGAAAGCUGUUGCGUCUAUUCCGAAAAGUCGCACAAUAUCCCCUUCGUUGAUUGGGAAUAUGCUCCGGUGUUCUUAGUCUAUAGGUCGCAAGCGAUUGCAUCUCAAGAUAAGGAUAAAGAGCAAGCAAACGUGCUGCAUCACGACCCUUUGAGCAAGUGUGUCUACAUCCGCCGUGUUUGUCCGGAGCAAGUCAUGGUGAACUAUCGGAACAAGAGCGCCGCAUAUCUUGCGUUCCUCGCACGCAGCAGAAGCAUUCCUCCAGGAUGCGAUACUGGAGCUGUCACCGACGCGCCGUCCCAAGAGGACCAUGUGCACGCACUUUGUGAAGCCGACAAGCCAUGGAGAGAGGCCAGUUAUGCUUUAUGGACCUUCAUCCUAAGCUACGCAACCGGAUAUACAAAGUCACCAGCCGGCGAGAUCUGCUCCCCUCAGGUUCUGGCGACGAGCCAGCAGGUCUUCACAGAGGCCAGAGACACACUGUACGGUAGGAAUGUGGUCUAA